AUGUUGCAUCCGAUCGAUACCACCAUCUAUCGUGCCGGCACCAGCCGCGGGCUCUACUUUCUCGCCAGCGAUCUGCCCGCUGAACCAAGCGAGCGAGAUGCGGCGCUCAUCUCGAUCAUGGGCUCUGGUCAUCCAUUGCAGAUCGAUGGCAUGGGCGGUGGCAAUUCGUUGACCUCCAAGGUGGCCAUCGUCUCUGCUAGCACACAGCGCAGCGAGUUUGACGUCGACUAUCUCUUCUGUCAGGUCGGCAUCACUGAGCGCUUUGUCGAUACCGCCCCCAACUGCGGCAAUCUCAUGUCGGGCGUCGCUGCAUUUGCCAUUGAACGAGGUCUGGUGCAACCGCAUCCGUCGGACACGACUUGUCUGGUUCGCAUCUUUAACCUCAACUCCAGACAGGCUUCCGAGCUCGUCAUCCCGGUCUACAACGGUCGCGUUCACUACGAUGACAUUGAUGAUAUGCACAUGCAGCGUCCUUCGGCGCGCGUCGGGCUGCGCUUUCUCGACACGGUGGGCUCGUGCACUGGGAAGCUUCUGCCCACCGGAAAUGCGAGCGACUGGAUCGACGGCCUCAAAGUGUCCAUCAUCGACUCGGCAGUCCCCGUGGUGUUCAUUCGUCAGCACGAUGUUGGUAUCACCGGUAGCGAGGCGCCCGCCACGCUCAACGCCAACACUGCUCUCCUUGAUCGGCUCGAGCGCGUUCGGCUCGAGGCGGGCCGACGCAUGGGUCUCGGCGACGUCUCUGGUAGCGUAGUCCCCAAGCUUUCGCUCAUCGGUCCCGGUACAGAGACGACCACGUUUACCGCACGCUAUUUUACGCCAAAGGCUUGUCACAACGCACAUGCGGUGACGGGUGCCAUCUGUACGGCCGGGGCGGCGUAUAUCGACGGAAGCGUGGUGUGCGAGAUUCUUUCGUCGCGUGCUUCGGCGUGUAGCGCGUCUCAGCGUCGCAUUUCGAUCGAGCAUCCGAGCGGCGUGCUCGAGGUGGGUCUCGUACCGCCUGAAAAUGCGGCGCAGUCGCUCGUGGAUGUGGCAGUGGUAGAGCGGUCCAUCGCGCUGAUCGCGCAUGCUCGCGUCUACUACACCACCCCAGAUAGGCGGCGCUCGUACGACUCACCGCUCACUUCGCCCUCCACGCCCGCCGACACGCACAACCUGUUCGAUGCAGCGUACCGUCCCGUGAUACAGCCUAGUGACACUGACGUAGAGGCUCCACACAUGCUUGCGCUCGAAAACAAGGAGCAAUGCGUGUCUCGGUGCGAUACCGCGCUCCACCACAUCGUAGCCAGCUACGGCGCUAGCGAUGCACACGCAUCCGACCGCAGCCUCUCUUAG